AUGGCUCAUAUUAUUGAUGAUGUUGAUACCAUUCCAAGAAAAUUGUCGUUCGUUAGUUCAUCGGCCGAAGACCAAAUAGCAGUUGGUGCCAAAGUUGGCAAUAUGAUCGUCGACAAUCAUACUUCGUUAUCAGACAUUGUUCUACCUCUUAACAACAAUUCUGAUGAUCAGUCAUUCCGAUUUUCCAUUAAUAAAAUUUACAAAAAUCUAUUGAUUCUUUCAUUGGCUUUUGCAUUAUUAUUCACGGCCUAUGCCGGUAUAUCCACUCUUCAGUCAACCUUAAACACCAAAAACAAUGUUGGGAUCAAUGCGCUCAUUGUCACAAAUGUCUUAGUGAUUUUUAGCUCGAUCUUUCUUACCAGUAUCUCUAUGGACAUUUUUGGAUUGAAAUGGAGUAUUGUUCUCGCCGAAGUUGGCUAUAUUCUAUUUAUUGUCGCUAAUAUUCGUCCUUUACCUUCACUUAUGUACAUUAGUGCAGCUUUUGUCGGCCUUGCUGCUGCUCCAUUAUGGACAGCUCAAGCAACCUAUCUUAGUCAAAUUGCUCGUCUAUACGCGCAAGCAAAGCAUCAAAUGACUGACGUGGUUGUUAGUCUAUUUUUUGGUAUAUUCUUUGCUUGUGUUGGUACCAGUGCCAUUUGGGGCAAUUUAAUUUCAUACUUUGUACUAAAUCAAUCGAACUAUCCACAAAAACUCAACUGUGGUGUCUAUUUCGAUCCACAAGCAGCCGUAACUGUGAACAUGACGAGCAAUGUUAGCGAGAAAACGCGUUAUAUUCUAUGUGGAAUAUUCUCUGGUUUGGGCAUCCUCUCCAUUAUACUUUUGGUGUUUAUGCUUGAUCAAAUUCGACUCAACCAAAAACAGCCCGUUCAACAAUCAUUGAAAAAGUGUAUUGAAGUGCUUCAAUCCUUCACUCGAUGGAAAAGCGUAGAUCAAUUUUUUCUGAUUCCACUUACAAUGUGGACUCUCAUCGAGAACUCUUUUUUUACAGCACAAUUUACUCGAGGAUUUGUCAAUUGUCUCAUCGGUAUUCGUCAUGAUGUGCCACGGGAUAUGUGA